UAUGCCCAUCUCCAUGCCAGCAAACAGCUCCACAUCAAAUGUGCGUUUAAAAAUUUUUCGAAUUUCCAGUUAGAGUUCUGGCUUACACCGAGAUGUUGUGUGCUGUCGCGGUUUUUUGAGGUCUUGUCGAUGUCAAUAAAAUAAAUUUUUGCGCCACGUUAAAAAAGGCAAAGAGUGAUAUACAAUUUGAAUGAUAUUUGUUUAUUUUUAUGAUUUUAAUUAAUUUAUUUAUUAAUUUUUUAAAUAAAUAUUUAAAUUUAGAAAAAAAAAAGUGGAGAGAAAUAAAUUAAUGCAUUUCUGAGAAGAAUACAAAAAAGAAAAAUGAUGUUCGUUACGUUUGGCUGAACCGUGUCGUUGUUCAAGUCGUGAAUCUGCUUUGUGUUUCUUUUUUAUUUUUUUUAUUUAUUUGCAAUUCCGCGGUUUCUGACGAAGGCAGUAGAGUGGAGAAAAUAAUAAAGAAAAUACAAAAAAAAAAGAGAAUUAACACCAAAUCUCUACACACAAAUACUUGUGCAUCUUGUUGACGACGGUAAUAGUGCCUACCUGUGGCAUGUGGAUACGAUCAUUUUUUUAAACCGAACCAUCUUUGUAUCUUAGUCGCGAUUCGAUAUCAAACACAUUUGCAAAUUCAGAUUCUCCCCCUUUUUGCCCCUUGCACCUUUUUGCCCCCUUCGAACUGGCCGGUCCUGUGUUUAACUUAUCUGUCAACAUUCCAGCCGUAUAUUGAGCGCGUAAAAUUUGGCUCCCUUCGAUUUAAAUCGGCAAGAAAAGGAAAAGAGGAGGAUAUCUCUCAGUAAUUGGAGAGUAGGCGUUUAAACUGAGAGACGGGGCGCACCGGGCAACCAGCUCCAGCCGGCCCCUCACAAACAGGUUAACAACAAUUUACAAUUCAGAUCUCAAAUGGAUUGCUGGCUAAAAUUUUCUUUGAUAGAAAGUAAACAAUCUCGAGAUCAUAUCGAAGUAAACGUCGAAUGCAAACAAAAAAUUAUAUCCAACUAAACAAACUGAUUGUUUAAUUAUGCUGAAGUUGAAAUGGCUAGACCGAAAACUUCUAUUUACGCUGCGGGGAUAACCUGCUUGGGUUUUAUUUGCUUCAUACUAGCUGCAGCCGCAGUUGGAAUACCAAUAUGGGGCCAUUACGAUAGUCCAUCAGGUGGAUAUUACGACUCCGAUAGAGGAUACUUUAGUCUUUUUAAAGUGUGCAAACAAUUAACGUACAACAGAGAAAAAUGUGGCAGUGAUGUAUCUAAAUUUCAACUUGCUUCCUCUGUUUACAUUAGUGGCCUUCUGGCAGUACUUAGUACAAUUGCAUUAGGGAUAUAUUGCAUUCUGGCAGUAAUACAGAUGGCAAUGAUAUCGUCAAGGGAAAAGGUUGUGAUGAAAUAUACUUCUUUGGUUAUGUUCAAAAUGUUUAUGGCAUUAAUAGGCUGUCUUCUGGCUAUUAUUGCAACCAUUUUGUUUGCUGUACAAAUAGAUGAUUCGGAAAAUUAUGGAUUCCGAGUAACUAGAGGAAUUUCAUUUUAUAUUCAAAUAGCUGUAAUAGGUUUAACAAUAGCCCUUUUUGUGGCAUCAGUUUAUGAUAUGAUGUUCUCAAGGAAACCUGAAGGAGAUCCAACUAUGGCUAUAGAUACAUCACCAGCAAAUGCUACAACAUUCAAUAAUCCUGGAUUUAAAGAAGGACGAACGAGAAAUGGAGUCUCUGUAACAGAUGCUUCAGGGAAACCCUACAGUGGCAUCAGAAAUGGUGGCAGUGUUGCAUCUAUGAACACAACCCUAACAAGUGUUUCGAAUGGUUCAACAGUUGAAUCUGUUACCCGAUCACCAUUACGAUCCAGUUUAAAGAAACCUAGACCUAAGGAUACCUUGGGUAUACAAAAUCCAGGAUUCUCUGGAUCAGGACAUUCACCGCCAAUGAAUCGAAAUGGCAGUGUUAAAAAAGUUCGAAUACAAACGCAUAGUACGGAAGUUUAAAAAAAAAAUUAAGAACAACAAAAUCAUAAAAAAGUAUAUUACUUAUAAAAAAUAUAUAUAUUUCUCACCACCACCACCACGAACCUACCUUAUAGUCCGUUUAAAAUUUAAACGUGUUGUUUUUUUUUUUUUUUUUU